AUGUCGCGUGUCGAGGCGAUCGUGUGGGAGGCAGGCGAGAGCGUGCUCUCGCUGCAGGUGGACGAGCUCAACGGGCCCGCCCUCCAGCUCUACCGCGGGCUCGGCUACGAGGUGGUCGGCAGGGAGCGCGCGUCCACCACGCCGUCGAGGUAUGGCCUCGUCUCGAAGCUACUGCUCGGCGGUGUGCGGGAGCGGACCUUGCUCGUGCUGCAGAAGCCGCGGCCGCCCGCUGCGGCCGAGGCGGCCGAGCCGGAGGUGCCUCGCGGGCGUGGUGUUGUGGGGCGGUUGCUGUCUGGCGUGAGGCGCCGUUUGAAAGCGCUCAAACAAAACUGA